GCUCAGAGGAUUUCCCAUUCCCUGAAUUCCCCAUGGAGCAAUUCCAAUAGCACAGACCUUCCCCCGUGACUUGGAGGAAUGGUCCUUCAAGGCGUCUCCCACAUGACGGAUCACUCCUGCCAUGUUAAAAUACAAGCUGUGGAAACCAACUCGCUGCCCUGUCUGAACAAGUCCAGCAUCCGUGUUGGCUGCCCCCCAUAAUGUUGGCCUGGACCUUAGUGGACUCACACGUGCCCAGUGAUUGACUGGCAAACUGUCCAACGUCCCUGCACUCACCCAGUGACUGCUGGCACUAGGAGCUGCUCUGAAAAGGAUGUCGAGUGCACGCAGACAACCGUCUCACUCGUGUGCAACCUGUGGGGGAAACUUUCAGGCAACUCAGAUUGUGCGGUGCAUCUGAGGACACGCGGUGCCCAAUGAAUGAGCGGCCACUCUGACGAUGCUGCUGCCGGUCGACACGCCCCCAGCCAAGGAUACCAGCAGCAGGAACAAGCGCUCGGGAGACGCGCACACUCACUAUGCCGGAGCGUUAGAAGCCGCGAUGGGAGUUAACACAUCCAAGUGUGCAGAGUUCCUGUUUCCAGCCUCGCUGCACUAAACAAAAGACUUUUGGUUGGUUUUCUCUCCUCCAUCUCUCCCUUUCUAUCUGGAGGGGUUUGUCUGAUGUUUUUGUUCAAGGCGUUUCUCACACAGGAUGUUGAUGAUACUGGAAAGCCGGGUAAGAGCUUAAAGUCACUUCUCAGCUGUGAACCGCCACCUUCUCCUCGCUACCACACAAAGGGAACCACGGAUCAAGUACUUUUGUAACAUCUUAUCAACCCUUCUUAUUAUUUUUCAAUUAUCAUUUUGAAGUCCUUAAAAGCAGAUGAGCUGCUUGAACGACAGAAUGGAUCACCGCUUUGCAGCAGAGUGCCUUGUUUCAAUGUCCAGUCGCGCAGUUGUCCACGCUCCCAAAGGGAACAGGGAGAUUAAACCAGAGAUCCCGUCCUCCUCUAGAAACGCUGAUGAAAUAAAGGAGAGCCUGGUGAAAGACAACUCCUCUCUGUUUGUGGUGGCAAGAAUUCUGGCGGAUUUUAACCAGCAGACUCCCAACAAUGUUGGCGAGCAGGCCAAAAUUAAGGAAGAGAGCAUGCCGAACCUCAAAGCUUAUGCCGAUGGUGGUGGUGUUGAUGGUGAUGGAAAGUCUGCCACACCUACCAGCAUCUCCGAUCCUGCGCUCAGACAAAGAGGCAAAAGAUCGAGGAGUCGAGCGGAGCAAGAGUCACCCCAGAAAAAGCACAAAUGCCACUAUUCAGGGUGUGAAAAAGUUUAUGGCAAAUCAUCGCACCUCAAAGCUCAUCUAAGGACACACACAGGUGAGAGGCCUUUUCCAUGUACCUGGCCAGACUGCAGUAAGAAGUUUGCCCGCUCCGAUGAGCUGGCCCGUCAUUACCGCACCCACACAGGCGAGAAAAAGUUUGGUUGCCCACUCUGUGACAAGCGCUUCAUGCGCAGCGACCACCUGAUGAAGCAUGCGCGCCGCCACUCAGAUUUCCAGCCCGGCAUGCUGAAAAGGCCUCACGGCGGCGGCAGCAGUGGCGGCACCAAGCGUCCCAGCUCCCUCAGCGACUACAGCCGCUCAGAUGCCUCUAGCCCCACACUCAGCCCCACGCUCAGCCCAGCCAACUCGCCUUAAACUGAGAAACCUGUUGCACUUUCAGCCUCUCACCUGCGAGGCCCGUUUUUCAUCGUAACACUUGUGUUGCACAGUCG